AUGGAAAUAUCGAAAGAAACAGAUAACCAUCUCUAUAUGUCCAUAGAGCCAGAAGAAGCUGAGAUCGAAUCCAACCCAUUCAUUGGCAAUAAGAGAGAGUCUGAUUCAGACGAAGAUAGUGUAGCGGAGAUUCAGUCUGAGACACAACAAGAUAACAGCGCACCCAGCCACAUAUAUGUCCACGCCACCAGGACUGUCGUUAAGAAUUGGCCGGACCUGGAAGAUGAAUCGGAUACUGAUAUAGAGGUACCACCAUCACAGAGAGUACAUUGGUAUAGUACCAUUAGCCGGUUUUUACUAGGUACUUUGUAUUCUUCAAUGCUGACUGAUAUCACUGCCUGGUUAGUAUAUGUCAAUAUCUUAAUCAGACCUAAAGACUAUCUAUUGACUUACUUUCCAUAUGGAGCAGCAAGAAUAGCCCAAUUGCACGAAGUAUUUCCAGUUCUUCCAAUCAUAGGGGAUUAUUGGCCGCAUUUAAGGCAUAUCUUUGUUCUAGUGAAUAUGGCCUUCUUUUCCUCCAUGUUGUUUGCCAGCCCAUUUUGGCUACCAUCCAAGAUGAAAUUGGUUUGUUCGUCCCGUCAUUUCUACGGUCUCCUUUUUACAGCCACCUGGUGUGGGUAUGCCAUUAUUAGUGCCGGUGUUUUGUCUUAUCUCCAACACGCAUAUUUCAAGAAUCCGACUACAAUUCAUUUUGUCCUUGCAAUAAUAAGCACCACCACUGUUAGUGCAAUAAUAGUGUUAUUCAGAAAGAAGGCCUUAAUGACUCUCCCAUGGCCUAAGAUAAACAUGUACAUAGGAUGGCCAAUCCUAGGAAUAUCCACACUUCUCGUGUACAUUGGGUUGGCAAGUUGCAUUCUUAUGACUUCAUGGCUUCAACUGCCUCUCAAUGAUCAUAUAAGUACCAAAGCGACCAUAAACACCAACAGGAUAGUGCAUUAA